CAGUUUUUUUACCACGUUCCUGUCGGAUCUACAAGUUUGAUCAUCCAUAUCAAACUUCCAGUGGGAUCCUUUAGACUACGUUCCUGUUGGAUCUACAGUUUGAUCAUCUAUAUCAAACUUCCAGUUUUUAAACUACGUUCCUGUUGCUCAUCUAUUUCAAACUUCCAGUUUUUAAACUACGUUCCUGUCGGAACUACAAGUUUGAUCAUCCAUAUCAAACUUCCAGUUUUUAAACUACGUUCCUGUCGGAUCUACAGUUUGAUCAUCUAUAUCAAACUUCCAGUUAUUAAACUAAGUUCCUGUCGGAUCUACAGUUUGAUCAUCCAUAUCAAACUUCCAGUUUUUAAACUACGUUCCUGUCGGAUCUACAGAUCGUCCAUAUCAAACUUUCAGUUUUUGAUCUACGUUCCUGUAUCCAGUUUUUAA